AUGACGAAAUAUGCCUGUUCGGCGUGCCGCUUUGCUACGUUUCCCGUGGGGACAAUCUUCAUCGUCUGCAUCUUUCCUCACUGGAUACUACGUUCACCAUUCGUGGUCCAUCGUCACGAAUUCAGCCUGCAGUUCGAGCACCUAGCUACAGGUGGUGUUGCCAUGUGUAUUCCAGAGCUACUCAAACUGAUGAAAGUUCGCUCGGUUGAAGAUGAGCUAGACUUUGAUCCGGAGGCAGAGAAGGCAAAUUUUGACAGACAUCAAAAGCCUUCACUGUCAUUGCUCUCAUACUGUCUCUCUGUCUCGUGUUUGUUGCAGGGUGAGGAGGCCAUCCGCAGGACCAUCUGGGAGAAGAACAUGCAGCUGAUUGAGGCCCACAACCAGGAGUAUGAGCUGGGGAUCCACACGUACGAGCUGGGCAUGAACCACCUGGGGGACAUGACAACAGAAGAGGUUGUGGAGAAGAUGAUGGGCUUCAGACCUGACGUGCAUGCAGGGGUCAAUAACACAUUUGUUCCUGACUCUCAACCUGUGCCCUCCUGCAUUGACUACCGUAAAAAAGGAUAUGUCACCUCUGUCAAGAACCAGGGCAUAUGUGGUUCCUGCUGGGCCUUUAGUGCGGUUGGAGCUCUGGAGGGUCAGCUGAUGAAAAAAGGGAAGGAACUGGUGGAUCUGAGUCCCCAGAACCUGGUGGACUGCGUGGUGAAGAACAGUGGCUGCCAUGGUGGCUUCAUGACCUUCGCAUUUGGCUACGUUAGCAGCACUGGAGGCAUAGCCUCUGAGAAAGCUUAUCCCUACACAGGCAUGCAUGGAAAGUGUGUUGACAAAACCGUAAUGAAGGCAGCCACAUGUACAGACUUUAUGAUCCUUCCUCAUGGGAAUGAGGACAUGUUGAGGGCAGCUGUGGCUCAGGUCGGCCCUAUCGCUGUGGGUGUUAAUGCCAGUCAGCCUACGUUUAAUUUCUACAAAAGAGAACAACAGUCUAAGGAGCAGCAUGAGGGGAACUGGAACGCAGGAACCAUUGACCCGCUGCAUUGA